UAUCGCCCCAGUACGAGUCCUGCUGUGUCUUCAAAGUCCUGUUGCCUUUUUUUGCUUUGCAGGAGAAGCAGUGGAAAUGUUGGCCAAGCCCCUGACGCUGUCUGCACCAGGGAAGGCUAUUCUCCAUGGGGAGCAUGCUGUCGUGUAUGGCAAGGCAGCUUUGGCUGUGGCUCUGAACCUGAGAACAUUCCUUCGAAUUAAACCCAGUAAUAAUGGAAAGGUCUUAAUACACUUGCCUAAUAUUGGAACCAGUGUAAACUGGGAAACCUUCCGGCUCCGAACACUGCUAACAGUAUUUUCAGAUGGCUUGGAUGAAUCUAAAUCCCCCAGCCCAGAACAAAUGGAUGCACUAAAAGAGUUUGCAGGAAUCACUACUGAACUUUCAGCCGCUGAGAGCCUUGGUACCCUUGCAUUUCUCUAUCUGUACCUGUCUAUUUCAGCUAAAUAUGGACAGAUACCAAGCGUGGAGAUAGUGGUGUGGUCUGAGCUGCCCACAGGAACUGGGCUAGGCUCAAGUGCUGCCUAUUCUGUUUGUUUGGCAGCUGCCCUGUUGACUGCAUGUGGAGCCAUUGGCUGCCCAGUGGAGACGGAGAAGUCCAUAGUCAGGUGGUCUGAGGAGGAGAUGGAUUUAAUUAACAGAUGGGCCUUUCGGGGAGAGCAGGUCAUCCAUGGCAAGCCUUCUGGUGUGGAUAACUCUGUAGCGACUUGGGGUGGAGUGCUCCGAUUUCAAUCAGGAAAAUUCACAUCAUUAAAGAGAGUGCCGACUCUAAGGAUCUUAUUGACCAACACAAAAGUCUCUCGGAGCACCAAGAUCCUUGUGGCAAGCGUCAAAGACAAGAUUCUUAAGUUUCCUGCUAUAAUGAACCCAGUGCUUGCCUCGAUAGAUGCAAUUUCUCAUGAGUGUGAAAGUGUUCUGGAAGCAAUGGCUGUGAGUCCAUCACAGGAGUAUUACCCUGUGCUAGAGGAGCUCUUUGAUAUAAACCAGCAUCACUUAAAUGUGAUUGGAGUUGGCCAUUCCUCGCUGGACAAUGUUUGCCGAGUGACCGCCACACACGGGCUGCACAGUAAGCUGACUGGUGCUGGAGGAGGUGGCUGUGCAAUCACUUUGCUAAGACCAGACACAGACCCGUUGAUGGUGGAAGCAGCCAGACAAGAUCUCAGUGCCUGUGGAUUUGAAUGUUGGGAGACCAGUAUUGGGGCGCCGGGAAUAUGUCUUCAUUCGCUGUCAUCUUUGAAAGCAGAAGUUCUGCAUAUCUUUAAUCCGGUUUAAGAUAACAUGGACUCUGACUGUACCCUGCCUUUCUGCCCCUGCAAGUUCAGAGCUUCUUAACUCUUCACAAGAGUGGCCACCCAUGAUGCCAAACACACUUCAGAGUUCAGCUUUCGUUGCCAGUCUAAAAUAUUUUGCCCCCUUUUCCAUGGCUGUGAAAGUGUCAUCAUGAUCUGAGAGACUGAACCAAAUUCAGACCUGGCGUAUCUAAUGGGGCAGCUCCACUGAAGACAGUGGAAUUAUUGCUCUCACCUACCCAGCUGUGAGUGUGGCUCUGUUCCUCAACCUUGAAGCUGUCUUUAGUAAACACUACAAUGUUAACGGUGGGCACAAGAGGGAAGGGUGUGUUAACCCUGGUGUCCUGGCCAAAUUCCGGCCUGAGUAAUUAAUUGUGUUUUGCCUCCCUUCGAUGCAUAGUGGGGUAUCCUCUUCGCUUCGCCUUCGCCUGCCUCCCGAGACCAAUGUGAGGCUGGAGUAGUUCGUGUGCAGAGAGUACCGUGAGAGGUUUCUGGUGAAAGGCACCACAGAAUGCAAAGCAUGAGACUGCUCCUGUAUUUCUACUAAUCGUGUUAGAGGCACCGCUGAGAUUAAAAUAUAAAUAAAUAAAUGACACUUACCUGU